CCAAGAACCACAUCAAAAUAACAUGAGCAGCAACAACCACCACCACUCCCCUAGCAACCAAACAAUGCAUAUGAGACGCAAAACCAGUAUUUUAUUUUGGUUUUCAGUCAUAGUGGUUGCACUCUUUGCCAUUCUAAUUCCCUUCACAACAAUCCCUCCUCAUUCCUCUACUCAAACACUUGCCAAUGCAGAAAACACCCUUGAGAUGCAGCAAAGUAGCAUUAUUGAUGAGUUUCUCUCACUCUUGAAUGCCAUUGCCGAACCUAUAUCUGGAAGUCCCCGCCGGCGGCACCACCAUCAUAGGAGGAGGAAGCCUAAGAUGGACUGUGAAGACACCAGUACCUACACAUCUUGGAUUGUUUCAGAAUAUAAUGUCUCCCUCCUUCUCACAGUUGAUUUGAAGGGAUGUGCCAACUUCACUAGCUUGCAGAAGGCCAUAGAUGCUGUCCCUAAUAAUAGCCCUACUAGAACACUCAUUUUCAUUGAUUCCGGUGUUUACAGGGAGAAGGUAGUGGUGGAUUCUAACAAGAUAAACUUGAUAUUCCAAGGAAGGGGAUAUGUCAACACACAUAUAGAAUGGAAUGAUACUGCUGACUCCACUGGAGGCACAAUUUACAGCCCUUCAGUUGCCAUCUUGGCUCCUAACUUUGUAGCUUACAAUAUAAGCUUUCAGAAUACAGCUCCACCACCUGAUCCUGGUGAAGCUGGUAGGCAGGCAGUGGCACUUAGGAUUGCAGGUGACCAAGCUGCUUUUUAUGGUUGUGGAUUUUAUGGCGCACAAGAUACACUUUUUGAUGAACUAGGGAGGCAUUACUUUAAAGAGUGUUUCAUCCAGGGAUCCAUUGACUUCAUCUUUGGGAAUGCCAGAUCUCUCUAUGUGGAUUGCACCAUUGUUUCAAUAGCAAAAGAAGUUUCCGCGGGGAUUAGUGGAACCAUCACAGCUCAUGGAAGGCAGUCCAUAUGUGAGAAGACAGGAUUUUCAUUUGUGAAUUGUAAUAUCAGUGGAUCAGGGAAAGUGUGGCUAGGGCGAGCUUGGGGUGCUUAUGCCUCUGUUAUCUUUGCCAAUACACAUAUGUCUGAUGUGAUAUCUCCAGAUGGAUGGAAUGAUUGGAAUGAUCCCUCCAGAGACCAAACUGUCUUCUUUGGAGAAUAUGAAUGUGUUGGACCAGGAGCCACUUACAGGUUCAGGGUACCAUAUAGCAAACAAUUGAGUUAUUCUGAAGUGGUUCAGUAUAUAGAUGUUUCUUACAUAAAUGGAAAUGAAUGGCUUCUGCAUCAUCAAAGCAACUCAUAUGGCUCUCCUCCUCAUCAUCUUCAUCCAGCAAUUUUGGACAUCAGAGAAAAGACAGUUAUUAAGUCUGAAAGGAUACUAAUGAUGUGAUUAAUUAAUAGUAUGGAAGGGCUUAAUAACAUCAGUUUAUGGAUAAUGGAUAAUUUUGUUGUGGAACUUUUUUUGAAGCUAUAGUACAAUAUUCGGGUUAGAAAUGACCGAGGGUUUUAAUUUUUGGGUCUCCUUUCCAAUGUAAUAAAUCUCUUUGGCUAUGUAACAAUUUGGACAUAAGCCCUAUUAAUUAAUUGAUGUUGAGUUUAUUAA